CAUCCUUCGAGAUGUAAGAAACAAAGAAAGAGUUAAGAAGGGCUUGGCAUGUUAGAAACAGAGAGAAAGAUCCAAAGGGGAGAGAGCAUAGAGGUAAAAUAUUUUGGGUCUAGAGUUCCAAAAAUAUUUUUCGGUCUGGGGGUUCCUAAUUUCCAUUCUCCACCAUGAGUUGAGUGAUUUGGGUAGUGGUUGUGUGUAGUUGAAGUAGCUUAAAGAUGCACUAUGUUGUUCAAAAUAAAAAAAUGCUUUAGAGAUAUACUAUAAUCUUUAAGAAAAACUAUGCAUAGGACCUAGCUACUAUAAAUUUUGAAAUGAAAAUAAUGAAACAAAUGCCACUUCUGAGAGAUAGAUUAGGUGGUGUUAAACUUGAUGUAAAAUGGUGUUAAUUUAACUGUGGUUAAAGGCAAGGUAAUUCUAUGGUUUGCUAACUGCUUGCUUUCUCCACAAAGUAUCAUAUAAAUGUCUUAGCAUUCUAUGAGUAAUUACAAAUGUAAAUCUUUUAUUUUUAAACUGGAAUAUGGAAAUAGUGUUAUAAUAGGUGAGAUUAGAAUGAUGAUAUGGCAUGGCGAAAAAAGGGGAAUAAUGAUAUGGCAUAAUGACACCAAAUGUUUUGAAGUUUCCUAUGUCAAACUAUUUACUAUUAAUUGAUUGUGCUGUGACUACUCUUGCCUCUUGCGGCUAUUUGGCAAGCAGGAAGCUAAUAUUGGACAAUUACAUGGCUCCUACUAUAUUGGGCAAUAAAAAGAAAUUUGAACUUCUAAUAAGUUCAUAUGUUUAUUGCAGAUAGUUUAUCACUACCAUAACAUUCAAGGAUCUCAUUACCUAUAUAGUUUUUAGUGUUUCAAUGAAAUCUUUUCUUUUAUUGUUUGGUGGGUAAAAUAUAUAAAUUUUGUAUCUAAUUAAUUGAUUAAAAGAAACUUAUCUAAUUUGAUGUUUAUUUUCUUCUGCAAGUAGGGGCACAUUUUUAAUUAAAUAUAUAAAUAGAUUAGUCAAAAGCACUUGAAUGGCAAAUAAAGAAUGCUAACAUGAUGCAAAUAUUACCGAGUUCUCAUAAUGCCAUUCCCGUAAAUAGUAAUGAUUUACCUAUGUUGUAGGAAAGACACGAUAGACUGUUCUAAUCAGAGGCAAAGCAAAUUUCUAAGUACUCAAGAGAAAGAAUAGCUAGAGCAAGAAAAUACAACAUAGACACAAACCACAAGUUGCAGGCAAUUUUGAAUUCCAAACAAGGGCAACUCCCGCAUGUUCACAUGCUACUCUCCUUUGGGUGGAUCAAGGGCAACUUCCUUUUUUUUUUUUUUUUUUUUUGGGUUUUUGAAUGUAGAAAAUUCUUAUCAUCUUUGUUGGACUAAAAAUAUGUCUAAUGC